AUGAAUGCAGGAAAUAAUGGACCUAGUGAAAUAAUGGUGAAAAAUUGUCAAGAUGAGGAUGAAAAGGGGGACAAAGAAAAGAAUAAGGUUAACAUUUCAACCCAAAAAGAAGACAAUGUUAAACUAAGGCAAGAAAAAGAUGAAAUGAACAAAAGAAAAACUGAAAGAGACAGGGUAGAAGCUAAACAGAACAAAGUAAAAGAUGAAAGAGAUGAGGCUGAGCAAAAUGAGAGGGAACUGGGUAAACUAAAAGCUGAUCUUAACUCGAAAGAAAAUGAAUUGGCUAAAUUUAAAACAAUCAUCGAGGAAAAAAACAAUCAACUGGGUGAAUUCGAAUCAGAAAUUGAGCAGAAAAGCAGCAAACUGCGUGAACUGAGUUCAGAAAUUGAGCGGAAAAACAAUCAACUGGGUGAACUGAGGUCAGAAGUUGAGAGGAAAAACACUCAACUGGGUGAACUGAGUUCAGAAAUUGAGCGGAAAGACGCUCAACUGGGUGAACUGAGGCCAGAAAUUCAGAGGAAAAACACUCAACUGGGUGAACUGAGAUCAGAAGUUCAGAGGAAAAACACUCAACUGGGUGAACUGAGGUCAAAUGUUGAGCGGAAAGACGCUCAACUGGGUGAACUGAGGCCAGAAGUUCAGAGAAAAAACAAUCAACUGGGUGAACUGAGGUCAGAAGUUGAGCGGAAAAACAAUGAACUGGGUGAACUGAGGUCAGAUGUUGAGGGGAAAGACGCUCAACUGGGUGAACUGAGGUCAGAAGUUCAGAGAAAAAACAAUCAACUGAGUAAACUGAGGUCAGAAGUUCAGAGGAAAAAUAAUCAACUGGGUGAACUCGAAUCAGAAAUUGAGCGGAAAAACAAUCAACUGGGUGAAUUGAAGUCAGAAGUUGAGCGGAAAAACAAUCAACUGGGUGAAUUGAAGUCAGAAAUUGAGCGGAAAAACAAUCAACUAGGUGAAUUGAGGUCAGAAAUUGUGCGGAAAAACAUUCAACUGGGUGAACUGAGGUCAGAAGUUGAGCGGAAAAACAAUCAACUGGGCGAACUGAGGUCAGAUGUUGAGAGCAAAGACAAUAAACUGGGUGAACUCGAAUCAGAAAUUGAGCGGAAAAACAAUCAACUGGGUGAACUCGAAUCAGAAAUUGAGAGGAAAAACAAUCAACUGGGUGAACUCGAAUCAGAAAUUGAGCGGAAAAACAAUGAACUGGGUGAACUUACAAGAGAGAAAAAUAAUUUACAAUCUGCGGAUGUAAUCCCUGUUUUACGUGUUGAAGCUCCUUCGCCACCAGCCAUCAAUUGCAUUCCGUCCGUUAUUGGGGAUAAUGUCCCCGAACCAAAUGAGGAAUAG